AUGAGCAACUUCCGCACAACCAAGGCCCCAUACUCUAUCUUCUUUGUUCAAAUUGCAUGUCACUAUGCCGGUCACUUUAUGGCCAGAGUCCUUCCUGACUGGAAGAUUGGACUGCCUGGUACUCGCUUUUCUUUUGACCUGAAUCCGGCCCCGUGGAGCAUCAAAGAACAUGUCUUGGUCACGUUGACUGCAGCUUCUGGGGCUACGUACAAUUUGGGAUAUGCUCCCAUCGUCCUCGCAGAGCUUUGGUAUGGUACACGAGUCAAUCCGGCGGUUGCAAUAUUCUUUAUGCUUUCAAUCGUAUGGAUUGGCUACUCUUUUGCUGCUCUUGCACGACAGAUCCUUUUACCUGACCCGGAAUACAUCUGGCCCCAAGCUUUGAUGCAGACGACAUUGUUUGAAACUUUCAGCAAAACAGAUAACUCGUCGGCUCUCGCUAGGCGCCAGAUGAAGGUGUUCUUCUUCGCACUUCUAGGGAUGACCAUGUGGCAAUUCCUUCCAGAGUAUGUCUUUCCAUUCACCUCAUCGUUAGCCUUCCCCUGCUGGGUGGCACCUCGCAAUCCGGUGGCCAACUUCAUUAGCUCAGGUAUUGGUGGCAUGGGAUUCCUCAAUCUUUCGUUGGACUGGUCAAACGUAAACUGGAAUGGAUCCUCAAUCAUGAAGACCCCAUACUGGACGCAGGUCAUCUUGUUCUUGGCUUUUGCUUUCAAUUGUUGUCUACUUCCUGCAGCGAAGUUGGGGAAUCUAGGUUCCUUCAAGCAUGGACUCAUGUCAAACAACCUUUUCCUAGCUAAUGGGACAGCCUACCCAACCCUUGACGUACUCACCCCAAACUAUCACCUGAACACGACCGCUUACGAGGAGUCUGGGCGGAUGUAUAUGGGUUUGCAAAAUGUAUGGGCGACAUUUUUCGACUACGCUAAGCUUCCAGCAGCGAUCACCUGGAUUCUGACCUUCGGAUACACACAGGUUUCUAAGAAUCUCCAAAGAAUUUGGUCAUCUCAUAAAGCAGAGAAAUCAAUAAAAGAUGAGGGCAUUCAUCACCAGUAUCACGAUCGCCUUAGCGUUAUCCAGAGACAGUACAAAGAGAUUCCAUGGUGGUGGUAUGUCACUCUAUUCUUAGUAGCCUUUGUCAUUCUGAUUAUAUUCCUCGCACUCGGGCAUCUCUUUAUCCCAAUCUGGACCUUGUUUGUGGCACUUGCGAGUGCUACAGUCCUGGUCAUCCCGUUUGUUUGGCUUUACGCCAUUUCCAACUACCAGCUUGAGACUGGCUCUUUCAACGAACUCAUGUACGGCUACAUGGUCCAUACAAAAGCCGGUGAGGCCCACCAACACCCCUGUGGCCCUUCUGUCUAUGGGUCUAUCGCGGGUGAUGCCUGGUAUCGUGCUCAGUAUAUGCUCCAGGACCAAAAGAUUGGCCAUUACAUGCACAUUCCACCUCGCGCAGUUUUUUUCUCUCAAAUCUUCGGCACUUGCAUGGGUGUUCCAAUUAACUAUGCCGUCAUUCGUUGGGUCAUGAACACCAAAGGAGAUUAUCUGACUGACAAAAAAACGGAUUCACUGAAUCAAUGGACAGGACAGUCCCUGCGGACUUCCAACACCAUGGGAGUUCAGUACGCUGUGCUUGGUCCAAAGAGGCUUUUUGCUGAGGCAGAAAUGGCUGUGCUUACCUAG